AUAUUUUUAUCUUACUUUAUGUCAGUAGUCACUCUCAGUAAUCAGUAUUUGUCAGUAUGCAUAACGGUACUAUUGGCACAGGCUGUGUGGUGUGAAAUAUUGUUAUCAGUAAUAUAAACACGAUCAAACAUAAAGUAAAUCGAGUACAACGCUAUCUUAUCUUGGGCGUGCACAAUAAAUCGAUGAUGAUUUUAAGCUAAGCCAAAAAAAGAUUAAAGUGUAAUUUAUUAAAAUAUAACAGAAUUACAGGUAAUAAACCACACUUAAAAUCAGUGUAAAAUGCAGGCCACUCAACGGGAAACAGCAGUGUCUAUACCGCUUACACCGACGAGAUCGGAUUUAUAUUGGAGAAGGAUUUUCAACAAGUACGACAGAGACAACGACGGUCGAAUAUCAUACGUAGAGCUUAAAAACAUAAUCGAAUCAAGGGAAUACGAUCAUGACCUACCCGAUAAUGUGGUGGAAAAGAUCAUGGCAUUGGCAGACCGAGACAACUCGGGUUACCUCGAGUUCGCCGAGUUUGUGGAGAUGAUGCACAACCCAGCCUUAAAAGCUGUGUUCGGGCACUUUGUUGCCAGAUAUGUGCAUUCAAUUAUACCCCAUCGAGGACCAAUAGAUACGACAGGAGCACGAAGGACGCAAAACAUUCAACAAGUACUAAGGCUAGAAACAGAUGUAUCAACAAACAUAAGAACUAUUCAAACGCCAAGAUCACGACCGAAUGUCCGAACUCGUAGCAAGGCAGUAUUCACGUACACAGACGGAACCUACGAAGAGGAGUACAGUUGCUGGCCACCAGCCAUCUCCAUGAUCAUCAUAUCCUUGGUGGAGAUUGUCCUGUUCUGCUAUGAUGAAGCCCAGGGGAAAACAGCUGCGACCGGACCCAUAGCGAAACUAUUUCUCUACAAUCCACGGAAAAGACACGAGGCAUGGAGAUUCCUGACGUAUAUGCUGGUGCAUGUAAACGUAGUACACCUACUAGUCAAUCUUCUGGUGCAGCUGUUUCUUGGUGUACCACUGGAGAUGGUUCACAAGUGGUGGCGCGUGGUUCUCGUCUACCUGGCCGGAGUAGCUGCCGGGUCACUAGCCACCAGUCUGGCCGACCCCAAGGUCUACCUUGCAGGCGCAUCUGGAGGAGUGUAUGCGCUAAUUACGGCGCAUAUUGCUACUAUUAUAAUGAAUUGGGCAGAAAUGGAGUUUGCAAUAAUCCAGCUGCUGGUAUUUGUUCUUUUGGCGGGGGUGGACGUCGGUACAGCGGUGUACGAUAGAUAUUGGAAACAGACGCAGCAGAAUAUUGGUUACGUCGCACAUCUUGGAGGUGCCGUUGCUGGACUUCUGGUCGGAAUUGGCGUACUCCGAAAUCUAGAAAAGCGCAAAUGGGAGAAGAGGUUGUGGUGGGCGGCAGUCAUACUAUACUUCUCUUUGAUGAUCGCCGGAAUUCUUGCCAACAUCUUCUGGGAGUCACGGUUCCUAUAAAUGAUCUCUACUUAAUAAAUAAGUGUAAAAAUAAUGGAACGUAAAGAAUAUGUUGAUGGGAAUGAAAAGUUUAAAGUAAAUUUUUGAUAAACAUACAUGAAAUAUUAAUUACGAAAUUUUUUCAAUUUAAAUUCUUAACAAUUUUUCAAACAACAGUUAGAAUGAAACCUUGGCUAUUAUACCUUUUGUAAUAGUCGGGGAAUUCAAUUUCUAACCUAAAUGUUGAUUUGCCCGUAUUACCAGGGUAAUAUUGAUAUUUAUAUGCUAGCUAUUUAUGUGAGGCAUUUAAGCUCAAGUGCUAUAUUUACUAAUCGUAAUGACUGUACUUGUUGUUUCCAUAAAAUCUGCAAUUCAUAGUAAUUAUGACAGGUAUUUCGAUUAUGAUCCCGGCGUUAGUGUGAUAUUAAGAUUGCUUACGAGCAGCUAUUAGACGAACCGAGUCGGAAUGCAUUAAAAAAAUGAUACACUACUAGAUUAAAACCCGGUUUAUUAUUACAAUUUUAAAAUUAAUUAUUUUAAAUAUAAAAUUGCACAUCUGACUCCGGUCAAGAUGUCAAAAUUAAUAAAUUUAAAAUUGUGAAAAUAUGUAUUUUUUUCUAAUCGAAGUCGGAAUGCCACAGAUUUUUUAAUUGUAACGAAGGUUAUAUUUCAGUUACGCAAUUAGUUUAAUUGAUAAAAUAUUAGCGUAAUGAUAAGUGCUUGUUUUGUAUUUAUUUGUCUGCAUGAGUGCUGAAAUGUGUAGCUAUGAAACUGCGUUAU